ACAAAAAUAUAAAACGGAUUCCUUGGGACUGGAUUUAUCUCAAACCUCGCCUGUUUCCGGACGUUGUAGUCCGUCAGAAUUAUUCACUUUCAGCACUCUCACAAUUCUUGGAAGCCAAAUCUAUUUUAGUUUUCUGCACUUUUGCCAUCAGACGGACCUGAAGAUGUUCAAACUUUUUUCUGGGAAACGGUGGAGCAAGACCAAGACCAAUGGCAAGGCUCUCGCCAAAGAGAGCCAAGAUGGUACCUCUGUGUGCAGCAACAGCAACAGCCUGAGUAACAGCAACAGCAGCAGCAGCAAGAAGACAAGGCCCAAGAAGGCUACUGGUACUAGUACUGACAACUUGAAUGAAGAAUUGGUUGCAAAGUACGUGGCUGCUGUGAGCGCUCAUGCAUCAGCAGAGGAACUGCUCAAGCACUACGCCUCCAGUACGUCGCGAGUCUUGUUUGAUGACACCCAGGCAAUGGACGCAGGUGUGAUGGUGACUGAGAUUGAAAAGUUGUACCGCAGCUUUAAUGAUAUGGGCUUCCUCUAUGAUUCCAUCAAGGAAAUCAAGCCAGGAGUUGUCCUUGUGGAAAACUUGCAAACGACUGGAACGCACACGGGUCCGUACACGUUUGCCAACUUUCCUAUCGUGGAAGCAACCCAGAAGAAAAUUGUGUUGGAUCCUGAGCGAUGCUGGUUUUACAUGAAGGAUGGAAAGAUUGAUCGGGUGGAGAUCACUGCAUUGGGAAGCCUCACUGGACCCCCUGGUAUGUACUUGUCAGUUGGAGGUACGAUGGACAUGCCCCCUGCCACGCCACCUGGAGAAUAAACCAAAGCAAGAAAACGGUGAUUGAGUGCUGGCUGCAUGCUGGGUGUUGAUGAUGAGGAGGUCGAUGGAAGCAAACUGUACAACCAGGAUCAUGAGUCGUAGUAUCGUACAGUAGAAGUACAAAGAUAAGAUAAUAUUCAAUUAUGCAUAUGA